AUGCUGGCUCACAUCACGUGCAUUUUACCAAUGUAUCUUGCUCAAGUCGUUCCUUAGGUGUCACCCGGCGUUUUGGUACAGCAUCCGUACAGUGCAACAGCUGUCACUUGACACUCGGCUGUGUACGGCGCGGCGCUCGUAGUACGGCGUUACGCGCGGCCUCGCGCCGUCUCGCUCACUCCAUUCAUAAGCCACGUGUCCUGCCGUGUCGCCAUCUCGCUCGCGCUCAUUACGCAUUUAAGUCAGUCUAGUCAGUCCAGGUAGCCUCGCCAGGCCGCCGCGUAGCGGCGCGUCAGUCAGCCCAAAGAUGGCCACGCUGGAUCAAUGAAACGCGAGUAAUCGUAGUGAAAACACAAAUUGACAAGUGCGGGCGAACAUCGCGGGCUCGAGCGCGGUGUAAAUGGACCAUGGGCAAGGAUCAGGAGCUGCUCGAAGCAGCGAGGAGCGGCAACGUCACCGUGGUCGAGAAGAUUUUGGGCCAGCGAGCCAAGAGGAGUGGUCCAUUGGCAAGUUUACGUCGAGGACCAGGAGCUAAUGUGCAGGACGCCAGUGGGUAUUCAGCUCUUCAUCACGCAGCUUUAAAUGGGCACAGAGAUGUAGUCAAAUUACUACUCCAAUAUGAGGCUUCCACGAACGUUGUCGACGCCAAGGGUUCCUCGCCGCUUCAUUUGGCAGCUUGGGCGGGGGACGCGGAAAUUGUACGACUAAUUCUCAGCCAAGGCCCGUCGGUUCCGAAUGUGAAUCUUGCGACACAGGAUAACGAAACUGCAUUGCAUUGUGCCGCGCAGUAUGGACACACGGAAGUGGUGGCACAGCUGUUGCAGUACGGAUGCGACCCUAGUAUCCGCAACAGCCGCGGAGAAUCCGCGCUCGACCUUGCCGCACAAUAUGGCAGAUUGGAAACCGUGGAGUUACUCGUGCGAACGCAUCCCGAAUUAAUCGAAUCACUUCGUAAUUCUUCCUCAUCUCUGAUCUUCCCGCAUACACCUUUGCAUUUAGCUUCGCGCAAUGGGCACAGAGCGGUUGUGGAGGUCCUCCUCGCCGCUGGAGUUGACGUCAAUACGAGAACGUCAGCGGGCACUGCGAUGCACGAGGCCGCACUCUGCGGCAAGAUGGAAGUGGUGCGGGCGCUCUUAGAUCGCGGAGUGGAUUUGGGCAUUAGGGAUUCCCGGCAGAACACGGUGCUCGAUCUUCUGGGACAGUUUCCGCCGCACGUCACACAAGAUAUCACGGCGGUGAUAAAAAGGCAUCGGUCAUCUUCCGGUGUGGAAAGCGACGCUGACAGCGAGAACUUGCCGCCAAUUCCGGUGCAGGGUGGCGACUCAUUGGGCAGCCCCUACGAAAAUGUUCGUCCGGGGGAUGAUCUCUCCCCCGCGGAAGGGACGUCGCCUACGCAAUGGCAAUUCUAUCACAAACCUCGGGACGACGAUCGCCGCGUUUCCGGCACAUCUUUUGAAGACGAGCAGAACGGGGAACCGAUGAACGGAAUACGGAGGGCCCUCCAGCAGACAGAGGACUCCGACCCCAGUUCCGUCUUCGACAGCGUCUUUAUGUCCCUAUCCGACACUCUCAACUCUAUAAAUACUCUCGAAAGUUCCGACCAAACUCCUGAAGAUAUACCACAAAACACUACCAAAAGAACACCAUUACCACUCGACACUACACGGGGUUCCGACAGCGGACUGUACCAAACUCCACCCGUGCCACGCGGCACAAUGGAGGGUAGCUUCGUGUCAGAGGACCUGUCCUUGACAUUGCCCACGGGAUACGGGGGCAGAGAGUCCGACCAAUUGAGCGUGUCGUCAUCCUCGAGCGUCGGCGGACCGAGCCCACGGGACCGUCGUUGUUUGCCAAACGAUUCCAGCGCUGCUGGGAUUUACUUGCCAAUGGCGCCCUUGUCCAGCUCGCUGCACAGCCCCGCUUCCAACAGUAAAGUCUCGCCGACACCGCCCAAAAAACCACCUAGACGAAACCUCUCGGUGUCACCGACGCACCUACAGACGCAGAUGUCACUGUCAGCUGACAGCUCGGUCGGACCGAGCAAUUACGAGUAUUUGUUCUUGGCGCGCAGCGGCGCGCGGAGUCACAUCGAUCUUGAGCAACUGCAAAAGCGUCGCGAUCAGCUGCGACACGUCACUCGAAGCAUGGACCAGUACGUGGAGAUGAAAUCACGUCUGGUCGAUGAGAAACGCGAUCCUAACGUGGAGCCGGUUGCCAUAACGUCCAUCUACGAGAAUCGACCGGUCAAAAUGCUGAAUCCACGAAGAAAACUACGCAGACACGCUUACGAGAAUUACGAGCCGGAGAGCAGUUCGUGCGCCGACAAGUCACCCUGCAGUGACGGCGACGCGGUGCUCCAGGAGCAAACAUUCGUGUCGAACGCCUUUCUCACCUUGAAAUCUUCCCAGGAGAGUCUGCUCGACGAAAAGCGCGAGGCUGCGGACGGGCAAGCUGCGCCGGAGAAUCGCGAGGCCACCGAUAAACGUCUCAAGCGCGUGCAGAUGAUGCUGCCGACCAGCCCCACGCAUUACGUUCAGCCGCCUACCCCCGAUCAUCCGCCGCCGUCCGCCAUGCAAGCGGAAAAGUCCAUCCACGAACGUAUUCGUCCGCUUAGCCAGGUGUACAAGCGAAGAUCCCGCGACAUGGAGACGGAAACCGACGAGGAUCUGCUGCAGUUUCCCACCGCUGGAUCACUGGAUGCAUCCAGCGGCUCGCUGUCGAGCGUAUCUCUGUCUGACAAGAGCAUGUCCACGGACAAUGUUGAGGAAUACUUCGGCGACGUGCCGUUCGCAGGUUUGUUAAAGGGUUCCGUCACGGCUGAACGGCCGCGUACUUUGCGCCGCUUGCGGAACGUCUACGGUCAAAUCGUAUGCGGGAUGGGAACCGGCUGCGACAGCGGGGGCGGAGAACGUCUCGAGGACGGCGAGGUCGCCAUUCGGCUUUCCGGCGACCGGGAUCGCGACAGGGACGAGAAGUCUCUCAGCAUAAUGAGUCCCUUCGACGAGCAGGAGGAGUGGGCGAAAAUCUCGGAGAUCAUGGCGUCGUUCGGUACCGGCCUCGUGCGAGAGUCGGUGUUCGUCAGCGAGCUCGAGAAAGAAUUCCAAACCAGGCUAGGUUUAAGUUCAGACACUAGCAGUCCCGUCGUUUCCACAACCGUCGGUCAGUGGCUGUCCAGUUUGGGUUUGGCUGAUUACGAGUCUCUCUUUAUCAACUACGGCUUCGACGAUCUCGAGUUUAUAAACGGAGUGUUGGACGAGUCGGAUUUGCGCGAGAUGGAUAUCAGCAGCGACCAGGAACGAACGAUGAUCAUGGACGCGGUCGGACUGCUGAACAAACGUGUGGAAAAGCGUAACGCCGGUCACGGCCAAUCGGUGGAGGAGUGGCUGAAGAGCAUUCACCUGGAAAAUUAUGCGGAGACGUUCAGGAAGCAUCUGUACACCGACAUGGAUCGGGUCAAACGGGUCUGGGAGGUCGAGCUGGCAGCAGUCUUGGAAAUCCAGAAGCCGGCGCAUCGCAAACGCAUUCUGGCAUCCGUAAGCGGCCCGAAUAGCACGCGCGCGCAAACUCGAAACGGCACGGGGCCGAACUUGGAAGAUUUAAACAAGGACCUCAACACAUUGAAGACGAACAUACAGCAAUUGAAGGAGGAGAUACGGGAGAAAUUGCCGGAAGCAACGGCGGAUGGUAAUGGUAGUACGUCGAUAACCAGCGGAACGAAUUCGACGACCACGGGCACAUUAAGGCACCGCAAAAACAGACCGGCGCCCCAGCCACCCCAGCGACCUAGUUCGCACAAUGGAGCGAUCUCAGCACCGGAACAGCUCGAGAUCAGGGCACCAUCCGAGCUUCUUUUCGGAGUGCCGUCCACUCUUAAGACGCAAUGGAGACACCAGCCGAAGACUUUGGUCACCAGCGGCGUCACGUACGUCGCAAAUUAUCUGGGCUCUACCGUCGUCAAGGAAUUACGCGGCACUGAGUCGACGAAAAAGUCGAUACAAAAGCUGAAGAAGACCUUUCGAGAACCCAGAGUCACCCCUGACAUUACACUGGCAAUCUCUUAUCGUGGUGUUCGCUUUCUCAACACGUUGACCAACGAGCCAAUUUGCGAACACGAGAUUCGCAAUAUCCAUUGCGCCUGCCAGGACGCCGACGAUCUCACUCACUUCGCGUACAUCACAAAGGAUCACUCAAGCCGCACGCAUUUCUGUCACGUGUUUUGUGUGCCAACAAUGGAUCAAGCGACAGAGAUCAUCUUGACUUUGGGUCAGGCUUUCGAGGUAGCUUAUCAGAUUGCAUUGAGGGACAAGUUCGGUGGUCACGCGAUCCGAUCCCAAUCCGCCAAUCAACUAACAACGCUCGCCGGAUCGUCGAAACCGACGACGCCCGCCAAAAUGUCCGUGUCUCCCGAUUCCGCGUCCGAUUCCACCAGCCGAGACACAGAUCAUACCUCAACUCUCAAUUCUACGUCGUCCGCGAAUCCCAAGAUGAAAUCGCGAUCGAAGUCCAUACCCAAUCCGAAUCUCCAUACCGUUAAUCUGAAUCCGACGCAGGACAGUAACUCGAACUCCAGUUCCAGCUCGGCGACCACCACGAACUGCAAUCCCAGUUCGAAUUCCGCCACGAGCCCCAGCACGAACUCGAUCACCAGCUCUAACUCGAACAGCACCACUAAUCAGACCACUAAGCCCUUGGUCACCCACGGGCGUUCUCAUUCCGUCAACGACAUCAAGGUAAACGGUAAUCAAUUGAAGUUAGCACCGGCGCCGGUCGACGACAUCGGUAUCGGGGUGAAGGACAUGAAGCCCGGUUCCAGAGCGCCGAUUGCGCUGUCCGAGGAGCUGUAAGCUGUGUUUCGAAAUGGAAUGCACGAGAUCGCGAUAAUAAUCGUGUAACAUUCGAUCUGACGAAGAUGCGUCGCCUUCGCAACAGCACAGAAAUCUACUACUUUUAGUGCUCGAAACAUGAUCGCAAACAAUGCAGAAAUUACUGUCGUGAUAAUUUUUCGGUCCUUCGAUUUUUAGAAGCGGCUACUUAAUAUUUACGAUGUAUGUGAGACGGUAAUAUUUCACUUGCUAUUAUUCGCCAAUUUUGCGCAAAUAGUUAAGCGAAAUAUUAUAUAUUAUAUAAACACAUAUGUAUAUAUAAUAUAUAUAUAUAUAUCAUAUAUAAUAUAUAUAUUUAUAUAUAAUAUGUAUAAAAGCAAGAAAUUCUUGCGAUUUACGAAAUCGCAACGAUUACAAUCGUAAAAUGCGGAUGAUAUUCUCUCCAUUGAUUAGUGAUAUUAAUCGGGAUUAGCAACUAAUGGUUCCUCGACGCGCAAGAAAGAACGUCUCUUACUUCUUUUUAUCCGGCUGGAUUUGUAAUCAUUUCUUCAGUGGCGCACAUAUAUACGGUAGAGCGCACAUGCACAUAUUUGUUGCCGGAAGGCGAGGUACUCAACUAUUACGGAAUUUAACAGACAUGGCCUCGAGAACGACAGAGGUAAGUAGCCGUCGUUCCUCGUCAAACCCUGCACUUUCAGGUUGACACUUGACUGAUUUUACAACGGUGACACUGUGAUCUUGAACCGCGCGAGGCCAAGGUGAUUUAUUGAGGCAACUAAUCAAUUGUUCGCUGUGCGCAUUUCCGGCGAACGAGAAGGUCUUUCUUCCUUACGACGCGUCGUUAAUCGUAAGCAGUAUUAUUAUGUCAUUAACGGUAACAGGCGUGAAUGUAAACAUCGCGAUAUUAUCUAGCGAGGCGUGAAAUUAUUGUAAUAACGUUGGAUGUGCAAUUUUCAAUGUGCAGCUUUAAUCUGUCGCGGCUGGGCUCGACGGUUCGUAGCCGAUUUUCGAUCCAACGUCGAUCGUUUUAUUUAUCUCAGCACACGGCAUGAAACACGCCGACACUUGCUAAUGGACCACGAGAAAGGAAAGAUGCGAAGGAAAAAGUGAGACGCGCUAAUGAGCGCACAAAUGCUCAAUAUCGAUCCCUCGUAAACGUUAACGCGGCGACCAACGAAUCCGUUCCGUAUUAAUUCCCCUGAUCUCUUUGUGAUUUCCAGUAUCCCAAGUUCCGAUUUCGAGUUAUCACCGUUUUUUCAAAUAUUUCAUUCUUCAAGACUGAGGAUUUUUGUCUCGUUUUAUAUUUCGCGUUUUUUAGCGUAACAUAGAAGAAAAAAUAGAGAAUCCGAAAGAGGAGAAUUUUAAUAUAUUUACUCGGCAAACUUCGCGAACAGGAAAUAUGUAUAUGCAAAUAAUAGCAUGGAACGUCUAUCGAACUCUAUUUGAUACUCGAGUGCUAUACGAGAAGCCGUUGAGAAGCAAGAAAUAAAUGGGAUGCAAAUACGAAAAAACGCAGACGUGCCGCGACUAAUAGCGAUUCAGAGUGUCGGCCACACACCACCUCUAGUUAGUAAAAAACGUGGUUAAUUGACCUUUUCUUCUCUAUCUAUGAAUAUAACUAGAAAUAUGAUCUAGAGAUAGAGAAUCGAUAGUUGAAACUAGUUAACCAAGAUCGUUGGUUCAAUAUCGAGUCCGACAUCAUGGCACCGAUAAUAACAUUUUACAUAACGUGAACAUUGCUCCGUUUUUACGACAUGCGGGCCUAAGAAGUUGCGGUAGAUAUCGUUACGAUGCUACCCGUUAACGAUGUAUCUGUCUCGUGCAAUUGACGACACAUAACGAAAAGAAGCUACAGCGAAACGAAACUUUAUAUAGACUUAGACCCUCUUCGUACGUUCGCUUCUCUCGUUUGAACCAAAGAAGCGUAAAUAUACAUGUGCACACAUAUACACACUUACGUGUAUGCGCAAAACAAAAAUGCUAUAUGAUAAAAAAAAAAAAAAAACCAACAGAGAAUCAACAGAGCUUAAAAACGAUCGAGGAUCGUCGAAGAGGGAUGGGAAAACAACAAACUGCCAAAACGAUACACCACCAUCACCUCUAUAGUUAUACGCACUUUGUAUUUAUCACAUUUACAACAUAAUUCAUUAUAUAUUAACGAUUAAGAUAUCUACAGCCAUGGACACCGACGGCGGAAUUUCCUUCUUCGCGAGAGGUAACUAAAUAUUCUACGCAUUUGAUGUACACAUGUAGCAGCUAUGUUUAGUAAGUAGUGUCGGUAGGGAGCAUGUUCUAUCGAUGUGUCGACAGGUACCAUUUAACGAUGUAUCGUAUAGGAAAGGAGAGGAAGAAGAAGAAAAAUCAGAUACGUAGCAAUAUUGUAGAAGGUGUCUUUGUCAUUGGUGAUCGUGCGAUAAUUUUUCCGUGGCAGCGAACAAAUUCAAUCGGUUUGUUCAUCUGUGAAUUCGCGCGACAGCAAAACGCGCAAUUCAAAAUAGUGCCAACGCGCGAGUCCAUCGUGCGCUGCCUUUAUUCGAUCUCGCUGUUUGUCUUCCGGAAAAUACUUUAUACGAAGAGGAGAGAAGCAAGAUAGGAAAACAAUAACAGGAUAACUUCUUUUUUCAUUUUUUAAUAUAAUACUUGUACGCUGACAAACGCACACUUUCAAUAGCUGUCCUACGAGGUAAACCGCCGGCCAAUAUUAAUAUACAAGAUCAAGAUAUUAAUUAGAAAUAAAAAUUGUAUUAAUAACGUAAGUCGCUGUCACCUGAAUGUUACAAAUACUAGCGUAUGUUUGUGGACGGUGAUUUACCUUUCGUCUCAAUCUUUUUCUUUCAUAUACGCUCAAUUAUAGUAAUCUUCUGUCCGGAAGACGAAACACGCUGAGCUACUGAUUGUGAGAUCGAUACUGAUUUCUUUCGGCGUCGCGAUAGGUCUUGGAGAAAUGUGAAACGCGAAUCGCACAAAAAAUGAUUGUUUCUCGGACCAAGCAAAAACAAGCACAAAGAGUGCUUUUGCUCGUUACGGAUUAUCGUCGGAAUAUUAACGGCAGUGUCUCGUGACUGCGUUUUUUCACAAAGACAUGGAAUUUAGCCAUGUGCCCGUUGGUAUCGAUAGCGGCAGAUCAGAUUGUACUGUCGAUAUUAUAUACGAUUUUUAGAAUAUGUGUACAUAUAUACAUACGUAUAGAAAUUACACGGACCACCGCGAAUCAGUUUCUUCCGUUAAUACCAAAGAGAUAGUGAUGAUUUAUUAUUGUGAUUUUUGUACAUUUGAUGAUUAUAAUAGUAAUUGUUGUUUAAUACGAUUUACUGUUAGAUGAAUUUCUUAUUUAAAAUUUUGCGUUGCGGAUAAUUUGAACAGGAUUAACGUUAUAGCUAUUAUUAAUAGAGUCAUUUUUCAAGCUCACAUUCACUAAUUUUAUAUGGAUGUGGUGUUGUAUGUAAUUACAUAAUAGAAUGUAUUUAUCGCAUGCACGUCAAUCCUAUAAACGUGAGAGUUUCGUUUGCUUUACGCCAAUCAAAUUUGCAUAGCAAAUGCGUUUUGACGCGUCGUCGGUUAACACUACAAAGGUCCUGGUCCUGCAACAGUGUAAUUUCGCUGAAGUGUAUUUAUAUUCCCUUGGAUAGAGGUUUCGGUGCAAAUAGCAUCGCCUAGAACGGCAUUCUGAAACUAUGUCAUGACACUAUAAUUUAUGGACUUAUUAUUUCUGUACAUUUUUUGUUAUUAUUCGCCGAACGCUGACAAUAAAGCAUGAUUUUUUUGUUA